AUGGGGAAGACGGACCGAAAAGAUGGCCAAAAAAAAUCGACGAGGAAACCGAGGGACUCUUCUCUCUCGCCCUCAGCCUCUUCUUCUGGAGGUGAAGACAACGAUGGCGGCAGCCGGACUGAAGAAGAGGAUGAUUCGGGGAGCGACUCUCCCUCUCUGAGGAGGGGUAGCAGCAGCAGGCGGAAGGAUGACAGCAAGACGAGAAGGCAUAGAAGCAGUAGCAGCAGAAGGAGCGGCCGGAGUAGCUCAUCUCGGCGGCGACGGAGGCACCUUAGUGAAGAUGAAUCGGACGAAUCUCAGUCUCACUCGGACAAGGACAGCUCAGAUGAUCACCGUACAAGGAAGAGUGGUGACAAUAGUAACAAGAGGAAGAGGUCUUCUAGGGAGAUAACCGAAGAGAAGAUCCAGGAGUACCUCUCCAAGAAGGCUCAGAAGAAAGUAAGGCGGGAUGUUCAUCUCGUGUUCUUUCUGGGUUUUCCAAUUAGGGAUUCAAACUCUCACUCUUUUUAUUCCUUUUUCUUCAGGCCAUAAAAGUUGCAAAGAUAUUGAAGUCCCAAGCGGUGUCAGGCUAUUCCAAUGAUUCGAACCCGUUUGGUGACGCAAAUCUCACUGAGAAGUAAGCUCGAUUUUUACUUUUUUAACGCUCUUUCCUGUUGAUCUUGGAAUGAUCAACCUAAUUAACUGUACGAAAAGUUCUCAUUGCAGCUUCCUUAUUCUUUUUCCUCUGCUUAUUUUCAAAAAAAGAAGAAAACAGAGGAAUACACCUCCUUUGGCAUGUUAGAUGACAUGCUGACUUAUUGCUCAAUUGCUCAUUUGCUGUUAAUAUAAUGAAUUGGUUGAUUUUUUAAGCACGAUUGCUUCCAUGUUACGCAUUGUUUUGUUAUCCUCAUGCAAAAUUUUCAGGUUUGUGUGGCGGAAAAAGAUAGAGCAUGAUGUUUCUAGAGGCUUAUCUCUCGACAUGCUGUCUGUCAAAGCUGAAAAAAAGAGGCAACAGGAAAGAAUGGUAUGCAGAUGGCAUAAAAAAUUCGAAACUUUUAUUUACCUUUAUUUUUCCCCUUUUUUUCCUCUCUUACAAGCUGAUUCUGUCUAUCCUCUCUCUUGAUUUCAAUUGAUUCCACCUAGGAAAUUUACAUGUAAUGAUAUGUUUCUGUAACGUCUUUGAUAUUCUUGUCCUCUGUGAUACUUGUGCUCAACUCAUCGUCUACAUGAAUUUUUGGUAUAUCCGAAUUGAAUCUGGCUCCUAUUUUCUUUUAUUCUGAAUUGACGAAUAUUAAAGACUUAACCUCUUGCAUUCAUGAAGACUUUCGCUUCCUUCAAUCCAGUGUUGAGCAUUGUGCUUCAAUCGUGAAGGGAUUGUCUAAAAUAUUAAGUUGAUGGCUUGUAACUGCAUGUAACGCUGUUUGCAUGUAACACUCCUACUUUCUUUUAUUCUGAAAUUGACAGAGAUGCUGCUGUCAAUUUCCAGCCAUUAAUUUAGAUUCUGUUUGAAGUAAUCUGUCCCAUACAAUUGGGAGAGGCUUCCACUUCUUGAAUACUGAGUUGGCAGAUUAUGCAUUGAGGUUUUCGAGCACUUCAUUAAACUUGGUUGCAUGGUCUAGCGGGCUUGUUCUAGAUGAAAGUACUGAAUCAUUUUUGAUUACUCACUUUGGGUAAGAUGGCAUCUACAAAGCAGUUGGAGUUGAUAGCAACCACCUUCAGUCCAUCAGAAGAUCUGAGUUUGGAAAAGAAGAGAGAAGUGAGGAUAUCUCCAUACGGACUAUUUUUAUGAAUGUGGUCAGGGGCUACUUUGGGAAGAUUUUAAGUUUCCAUCUCCGUUUUACCCUCCAUGCUUCCAGCCAUUUCCUUUCCCCUCCAGUCACUUAACCUAAUGGCAUGGGUUCUUUGAUUUUCCUUUCGUGUGAAUCUUCAAAAUUUCUUCUACAAGAUUGGCGAAAUGGCUAGGCUCACAAGCACGACCUCAUAAUGUAGUGACUUGAAAACUGGCUUCUUCUACAUAGUCAGAUUCCUUUGUGUAGCUCAGUUUCUUGCUCCUAUUUUCUUUCAGAUACUGUGACAAAUUUGAAUCAAUGUAACUAAGGUUUUUGUCUAGGACCGUUUAUGAAAUUAGUCAUACACGUAAGAUCAUCAAAUGGUGAGGGAUCUAAUAUAUUUUGAAAUUUUCCUCAUAUUUUUUUGAAACUUUGACUUUUUUUUUCUGUAGUAUAUGAAUGAACAUAUUACAAGUUCGACUGGAAGAUUGAAUAUGUAUAUUCCAAUGGUCUGCCAUUUUUUGCUAAGCAGAUGUUUUGGCAAUUAGAAUUAUUUGCUUUUCUUCAUGUAUGUUGUACUUGGGGUGACUGCGCUAGCUGUUCUGAUGAACACAACAAAACUUUUUGAUCGGGAUUAGAGAUAUUAAUGUUAUCAAACAGGAUUGACCAAUUCCCUCCAUAAUUUCUUGUCUUUUAAAGUUGGCUGUGUCAUGAAGAUCUGGAGAGCGAUUUUGUGGUGGGAAUGUCAGUUCAUGCCUAAUGUUUAGGAUGAUUACACACUCAGUCUUGAAGGACUACUGAAUUUGGUUUCGAUUAUGAAUUGGCUGAAAAGGAAGAUGGGAGCUAGAUACAGGGAUUUAUUUAAUGUAUAAAUGUGAAUGGAUUUGUGUAGGUAUAUUAGUAUAUUGGGUUUAUGACUAUUAUCACUCAAUUCGAAUUCUACUUUUUCAUUUUUUUUCCACUUUCUUAUAUGGGAUUUCGUUCUUCCCGUUGAAUUCUCUCUGCUAUCUUUCCUUUUUAAAAGUAAUUUUAUUUUAUUUUUUAUUUUUUUCCUUGCAUCAUUUUUUAGUUUCCGUGCUUUUAUUCUUAUCUGGGAAUUUCUGUUCUUUUACAUUUGUCAUUACCUCAGACAAAUACGGACUCAAGCUAUUAUUAUUAAGUUGAAGUUGAUUAUUUUUUCAAUUGCAACCGUUGCUUAAAAAAAUUAUGAUAGUGGUGUGGUAUACGAGAGAAAAAAGCUUCUUUGUAGGAUUGACUCUGAAAUAUUAAUUUGGUUUGCGUACUCUGUCUUCUGUUUGGGCAAGAUUAGGACGCUGUUCACCUUGUCACAACCCACUCAUUGAUGUUUAUGAGAUGCAAAUUUUUGGAUUUAUCUGACCUUAAUUUAUUUUCUGAUUUGUUAAUCGUCUUUCUUUCAUUGCUUAUCUCCAUUUUUCAGGCAGAAAUCGAAAAGGUUAAAAAAAGAAGAGCUGAAAGAGCAAUUGAGAAGGCACAGCAUGAAGAGGAAAUGGUGGGUUUCAUGUGCCACUUUUCACUCGGUGUUCAAUCGGAGAAGGAGAGUUUGAUUUUAUUGAUCGUGAAAUAUAUGAUGCAGGCAAUUCUAGCUAGAGAGCGUGCAAGAGCGGAGUUUCAGGAUUGGGAGAAGAAGGAGGAGGAGGUUAGGAAUACUGCGCUCUGAGCUUCUAUUGUUAUAAUUUCGUUUUCCUUGGAUUUUUUGUCUGUUGUUUUUGCAUUCAGUUUGUUUGUGAUCCUCAUUUCUCAUUUUUCCGUAACAGUUCCAUUUUGAGCAAAGCAAAAUUAGGUCAGAGAUUAGAUUACGAGAGGGUCGUACCAAGCCAAUCGAUAUUCUGUCAAAGAACCUCAAUGUUUCAGACGAUUUUGAUGUUGAAAUCAAUGAACCUUACACAGUAUUCAAGGUAUAUCUCUUGUUGUUGGUUGUUACAUUUUCUGUUGUAACGUUAUAAUUUUUUUGUAUUCAAUUCAUUACAUCUGAGGCAUUGCAUGGAAUCAGGUUAAAUCAUUGACCAUCAGAAACAAAAAUUCAAAUCGCGUAAAACUUGCAAGACUGGAUACUCUCUGAGAGUCUGGAAACCGACUCAGAUUGAUUUAGAAUGAGCUAAAUUUCAGGUUCUGAGUUAAUUAAAGGCUAGUAAAAUGAUUAAAAGACCUACCUUAUUCAAGAAUGAUGUGAAAUUCAUUUCAGCAGCAAAUCCUCUAUUUUCUGGCGUGAGAAAGAAAACAAAAUGGAGGAUAUAAAGAAUGCUUAUAACUUCAUCGUUUAGAAGGUAAACACAUGCAUGUAAAGAAUGGGACAAGUAAAUGUAGUAACUGAAAUCGGGGUAUGGAUCUCUUAAGCAUUAAAUCAAAAUAAGAAUUGGGGAUUGCCUGAGGAAUAAAUGGAAGAGUAUAUAUGGGUAAUUUUUUUGAAUCCUUGUAGAAGUCAGUGGAAUGAUUAAAAUCAUCUUCAAUAUUAUUGUGGUUAUCUUCCAAAUAUUUGAGUCUCUGGUGAUGCAAGGCUUAAUCUUUCAACAAUUGUAUUUUCUGCGGCUGCAGUGCUGGGGACCUUUUCUUCCAAUCACAUCAAUUUUAUCUUCAGUAAUAUGGUGUCUAGUCUUUCUUGUGACUCCUUAAGCUCAUCUGGAAGAGUAUAUAUGGGUGAUUUUUGAAUCCUCACAGAAGACAGUGGAAUGAUUAAAAAUAAUCUUCCAUAUUAUUGUGGUUACCUUCCUAACAUUUGGGUCUCUGGCGAUGCAUGGCUCAAUCUUUCAACAAUUGCAUUUUGUGCGGCUGCAGUGCUGGAGAUAUUUUCUUUCAAUCAGAUUAAUUUAAUCUUCAAUAAUAUGGUGUCUAGUCUUUCUUGCGACUCCUUAAGCUCAUAUGUGUAGAACUCCUACUGUUUUCAGGCAUGAAAACUUUUUGGUGGUUAGGAUCUUUAUUUUUGUUUCAAUUUGAUCAAAUGGUGAAAAGGAAUUUUAUGCAAAGAAGGUGGUUAUUCUAACAUGCUGGGGACUGAAUUUAUGGUUUAAUGUACAGCAUUAUGAUGUAGAUUACUGCUCUUAUAUGGCUUUUUUAAGAGCUGAUUCAACAUCAUAUACCCGUAUGCUCUUUUUUUCAUAAGCUGAAGAUAUAUUUAUCAUUUUUCUCUUUUCUGGGGAAUGAGUUGAUUGAUGCUUGAUUUAAAUUGACUAUUUUUUGAAGUUUGAAUGUUUUUUGUGCUACACCAGGGUCUGACUGUAAAGGAGAUGGAAGAGCUUCAUGAUGACAUAAGAAUGCAUUUGGAUCUUGAUAGAGCAACACCCACUCAUAUUCAGUUCUGGGAGGUCUUGAUUCAGUCUUCAUCUUGUUAAUAAUUUAUUUUUUUAACCUGAAGUGCUUUGUGUUCAGUUGGUACUCCAACCUUCCUUCAUCAAUUUCACUGCCUUAUCUUAUAUUAGAGUCUCAGUUUUUCAGCAAUUACUAUGAUUUUUCCUCAUAACGUUUAAAUUGGAAAUCGCAGUAUUUGUUCUGUAUGGAUGCUGUAGAUUGAAGUUGUUACCAUUAUGAUGCAUUCGUCUCUUUAUGGAUUCUCUCUUCCUCAGCCUUUCUGUUGAACUUGAAGAUUGACAGUCUUUUAGGCGUUCGGAGGCGUUUUCUCCUAUAUGUAUUUAUCUGUCUGACUGCUUUGUGGGUCUAAAGUAGACCCUGUUUCUUUCUUCUUGUACUUGUUUCGAUUGUAGCAUCUUUAUCUCUUGCCUUUUGUUGUGAGAGUGUCCUUGUGAAGGUUUCUGAAAAUUCAAUUGUAACUGUCGAAAAUUUUCAAAUCAACGUCCUCCUCUCCCUGCUGAUGGAUUGACUGUUCUUUAAUGCAUAACUUCAUUUCAUGUAUCGUUUGCUGGACUGCUAAAUUGUCACUGAGAAAUUCUCACUUCUUUUCCCCAUCGUAGAUGCAAAAAGGUGCAUGCUUGGUUGUACAGUUCAUCUGCCAUUUUCUUUAUUCAGUAGAUCUUAUACUUGCGCAUCCCGUUGAUCACCAUUGAAAUGUAACGGAAUAAAAAACUUUAGCUUUCUGUUAGCUACUGUCUUUGCACUUUUACAUUUGAAUCCCGUGACAUGGAUUCAUGUGCUUUUUAUCACACUUAUAUUCGCCAAAAAGUUUAUACUAGUAAUAUAAAAGUUGAGUUAAUUGGGAGAAAAGGGAGAUUUAGGAAGUGAAAGAAAGGGCAGAGAAGGCUGGUGAGGGAAACCUUAUCUUUUAGGCUCUAGGGUUAGGUUUUUAAGACAUGUCAUGUCGAGGAUCCUCCACUCCCGUUUAGGAAUAGCGGCCGUUAUGAGUGUCUUUACACCAAGUUCCGUGCUGUGUGAGUGCGAGAGUUUAAAAAAUCUUUUAGGUGUAUGACUAACUGAGAUAGGAUAAAGGCCAUUUGCAUUCAGGUUUUCAUGUGAAUCCUGCCCUAGUGAAAAUUCCCUAAACAUUUAUUAUUCUGCAGUCUGGGCGUGAUCUGACCUGCCCAGUGGCAUGGGGAGGCUGCAGUUUGGUAUGUAAAUGAGAUGAAACACGUUUCUCUUUCUGGUUUGCGAGCAUGCGUAUUCACUUGGGCAGGUCUAUCUGGGCAGAAUUUUUUUACUUUGGGUUUAUUCUUCAGUACCAAGUGCCGGAAAAUUGGCUAGAUCUGCUGGACUUUUGAUUGAGCUCGAACCCCUAAUUAACUACGUUUUGUUUUCAGUGUACUGGGUAUUUUUAAAAAUGGGUUCCAACAGGUAAUUGUUAACGAUAGAAAGAGAAAAGGAUAUGCAUGUGUUUUACAAACUGUAAAUGACUCCUCGUGCAACAAUUUUUUACUACACGAAGAUAGAGUGAUCAUAUGCAUAAUCAAGAACGCCAAAAGUAAUAGUUUCACGAGGGCCUACUUUAUUUCAAGAAUUCUCGGCCAAUAUUUGAUCUUGCUAUGGCUAAUACUUAAAUCACAGAGAAAAUUUGAAAAUAAUUGCUUGAUACCAGCAUCUUGUAUUUUUUUAUGGCAUCAUUGACAUUUAUAAUGUUGUCAUUUAGUGUCAGUCAUCUUGGAAUAUGAUGUUGAGCGUGUUCGUUAAUAUUUUUUUGUUUUGUAAAUUAUACGAAUUUUCAAUCACCUCAUUUUUCACAUGUAGAAAGAUGUUUGUAUCAGGCAAUGAUGCUCGUCUGUAACUGGGAGCUAGCUGAGGCUCGGAAGAGAGAUGCAAUUGAUCGUGCUAGAGUUCGUGGUGAAAAGCCUCCUCCUGAGGUACUUGCUGAAGAAAGGGGUCUUCAUUCAAGCAUUGAGACAGAUGCAAGGAGGCUCCUAGAAGCGAAAACAUUAGAUGAGUUGGAGGCACUGCAACGGAAGAUUGAGUCACAGAUGCUCAGCGGUACAGCCAAAGUUGUUGAGUUUUGGGAGGCUGUCCUCAAACGGCUCCCAAUAUACAAGGCAAAGGUAUAGAAACAGGGACGCCUUUCACAAAUUUUCACGGGUGACAUUCUAAAUUACCUACAACUUCAUGCACGCUCCUCAGUGGAUUGUCCAAAAACUUUAUGCAGGCAUUUUUAGCGAAAAAUAUUUUCUAUUUGUUAUUGCUGUGAGAUCAAUUUUUAUUCUUGGGCAAUUGAAGGAUCCCAAAAUAUAUUAUUCUGUAGGUGCAACGCUAUAUGCAAAAUGAGUGACAUUUUGUAACCUCCCUUCUGUUAGGCACUUCUGAUUUUUUUCAGACCUAAGAGAGUCGUGCCUUAUUUAGCUCUGUAUGUAAUAGUAGUUUCGAUUCUUUCCUUUUAAAUUUUUUUGAGGCUUAGGGAAGCGAUUCUAUACUUUACAUUUACGAUAAAAUAGAUUUGCAAUGAUACCUAAUAUAUAGUCUAUGAGUUGGUUUGUACUGAUGUUAACGAACCCUAGGUACGACUUAGUGCACUAUAUAUAGAUUUCUCGUAUUAAAUGAUUAUUUAGGAUCACGAAACACAUCUGAGAAAUGAGAUAAGAACUUGAAUUUUUGAGUAAAUGCAAAUGAAAAGUUUAAGAAUAUAACAACAGUGUCCUUUUUGUUUUCACGCUAACGGAUUGGUUUCUAAUGUCAGGGAAGUUAGCUACAUCAGAACUUUUUGUUCAUGAGGGAUGUCAAUGUUCUCGAGGUUUCUGUGCUAUGUAUGUUAUCUUUUAAAAUGCACUGUCACCAAAUGUACAGAGUUUGUGCAAUUUUGGGGAAGGGGACAUGUCUGCUCGUAGCAUACUGACUCCGUUUUUUUUGUGUCAGAGGCCUAGUAGAUGCCCAUUGUUGCAUUGAAUACAUUGACUCUGAAUAUCCAUGCUUGGUCUUUGUAUUUUCCUCUCUAGUCUAGAGAUAUGCAGGACAUUCUAUGCCAGAGCUAAACAAACUGUCAUCAUGUCAUUCUAGUCUGGCACAUAGAAUCUUGAAUGUUUCUCUUGCCGCAUUCUUUUUUUUCAGGUGUUUUGUUUUCGUUCUAUUUGUGAUAUCAUAGUUUCGUAUCAUGAACAAAAUUACUUUUUCUGUAGGCUUGUUUGAAGGAAAUCCAUACAGAUUUAUUGAGGAAGCAUCUACAACGCCUGGAGCAGCCUGUGGGUGCACAAACAUCCAUUGAAAAAGAGAUUGGCUUAGAGCUUGAAGAGGAGAAGACAGCAAGCUCUCCGGAAGGUAUGAUUCCGUAACCUUUUUAGCUUUUUUAUGAAGAUUUUAUGAUUUUACAUCCGUUUGGUCAUUUAUUAACUGAUCUUUCGUUAAUAUCUUAGAUGUCCAAGUCUAUUCUCCAGCAAUGGUGGUUGAUGAACAGAAGGAAGAAUUCAAUGAAGAGCCUGGCUCGUUUUCACCAGAACUUUUGCAUGGUGACGAAGAUGAAGGAGCAAUUGAUCCUGAAGUUGACCAGGCUGAGCUGGUAUGUUUUCUUCUCAUGAAUGCUAAUUUACUUCUUGUGCCCUCUUUGUCAACUGGUGUGACGUGCUCAGAUGGGAAAAUGAAAUUCUUCUGAUCUAAAAUUGCUGUGUUAGUCAAUCCACAUAAGCUCGUUGGGCUAAUGUAGAUUUACUAACCCAUGAAUUCAAUGUUUUCGUCUGUGGUUGUCACUGGGUGGGUUCAGUCAGUCCAAUUUCGCUAUCAUGAGAAUGACAGUCGAUAGUGUGAAGUUUAUCAGGGCUACUGCUAGUGGCUUUAGUGCUUGCUUCGCUGAUGGGGCACUGAUGCGCUGUACCAUGUGAUACACACAGGGUAAUUAUUGCUAAGUAAAACUUGGCUUAGGAUUACACAGAUCUUCGAAAUUCACCAAACCACACAAAAAGGUUAUGAAUGCUACCCUAAAUUUGGCAAAGGAUUCAAUUAAUUCCGUUAAAUCUUUAAUUUAUAUGAUUUUAGUGAAUGAAAUGAGAUUUCUGAUUAAUGGUGGCUUGUGGGUGGUACACACUGAUUCUCCAGAACAGUGCCAUAAACUAUGACUUCACUGGCAUAGAGGAGAGAUAUCGAUGCUCCAUUCCCAAUCAUUCUCUAUUCUGAGUUUCCUCUUCUUUUAGUUCUCACGCUUCCAUGGGAUGAACAGGGUGAGAGAUUAUCAACACGGCUUGAAAAUUAUGGCUGCCAUUCCUAAAUGGGAAAGCACGAAAGAAUUAACAAUGUUAUGAACUUCACUGAAUGGCUUCUGAAAAAUUAAAGGAACUGGAGAUGUGCUCAGUUUAUUAUGUCUUCCAUGGGAGUCGACUGGUUUUAAAUCCAUGGGCUGUGUGGAACUCUGUCAGAGAAGCACCUAAUUGGUGGAUUUCAUGCCAGAAUCAGUGCGCGAGAUGGUGAAAGCAUAUAGAUGGAGGUUAAUGGGCAUAAUAGGCAUGUGCAUCAGGGUGGAGGUAUGUCAGGGUAUAUCGUUGUUAGGUUUGAGAGAGAAAAUUGUUCAGUCAAAAUAUAAAUGGAUCAGUGGAAGAUAGAAAAAUAUCGUGCUACAAAAAUAUGAUAUAAAAUGACGUCUGUGUAUCAUUCUCACAAGAUAUCAGCAUUCUAUCAAAGACUUGCACCUCCAGGAGGAUAAGAUUUUCUUGAUCAGACGAUUUUAUAGUUUUCUCUUUUUUUUUUUUUCCUUUUAUGCGCAGAGUUAGAUAAAUGACAGUGUUUGGAGCUCGGAACCUGCACAUGUCUGUCUUGAUACAUCAAUCCAAUGCCCAUUACCUUUUUUAUGAAUUCCUUCUUAGCUCUUGAUUGCCUUCUUUGCUCUAUCUUGAGUUUUCUGUUACUUUUUUGUCUCUGAUUUAUAUACAACAGGAUCGGAAACGUGAGGCUGUUGAACACCAAAGAAGGAUCCAAAAAGCCAUGUUAACGAAGGUCACCAAGGAUGAUGACAACUUUGAGUCGAAGGCAAUCAAGGCGAUGGGCAUCAUGGAAGAAGGCGAUGCUGUCUUAGGCUCAGGCGCCGAAGUAAAUCUUGAUUCUCAGGUAGAGUUCCAAAUCGUCAGGGUUCAUGGCGAUGGCCACUUGGUCUGGAAAAAAAGAUCUCCCACAUGAAAAUGACGAAAUGGGGAUCAACUUUCAUCAAGUGGCACUUUUUUUUUCCAAUUUUUGUCGAUAUUUUUUUUUUCCUCAGUUGAUGAACGAUGAUGCACAUGCAGGUGUACUGGUGGCACGACAAGUAUCGCCCUCGGAAGCCCAAGUACUUCAACCGUGUUCAUACGGGCUAUGAGUGGAACAAAUACAAUCAGACCCACUACGAUCAUGAUAAUCCUCCGCCGAAAAUCGUCCAGGGCUACAAGUUCAACAUCUUCUACCCAGAUCUUGUUGACAAGUCGAAAGCCCCCGUCUACACGAUUGAGCGGGAUGGGAGCAAUGGCGAGACCUGCCUCAUAAGAUUCCAUGCAGGGCCUCCUUAUGAGGACAUUGUAAGUCCCAUCUCCAGACCCCUUUUUUUUUAUCGAUCCCCAUGAUCAGCCGUUGACUUUCCAGCCGUUGACCCUGUGUUGUCCUUCUCAUGUGGUCCAUUACUGGCAGAAUUUUUCUCCAAAUCCUUCCUUUCUGUCAAUUUCCAUGCUUAGCCGUUGACUUUCCCGGAGUUGACCCUUAUGUUGUCCUCAUCAUGUGGUGUAUAUUACUGGCAGACUUUUUCUCUCCGCUUGUUACCCACCUCUUUCGUCACCUCACGCAUGGGGUAUAAUUAUGUAUACCUGAGGGAUAAGUCCCAUCUCCAAACCCUUACUUUUUCAUCGAUCUCCAUGCUCAUCCGUUGACUUCCCCGCCGUUGACCCUUAUGUUGUCCUUCUCAUGUGGUCCAUUGCUGGCGGACUUUUUCCCUCACCACUUGGAGAUCUCUGUUGUUCUUGGCAGGCAUUCCGCAUCGUCAACAAGGAGUGGGAGUACUCGCACAAGAAGGGCUUUAAGUGCACCUUCGAGCGUGGGAUCCUGCACGUCUACUUCAACUUCAAGCGCCAUCGGUACAGGAGAUGA